UUUCCUUGUGAGCCUGAAAUUUGACUUCCGCCACGCGAACGCUGUAAACAAACUGAAAAAUACGGUCAUGGCAAGCGUACGCGAAACAUACGAUUCCACACUUCUUGGAAUAUUGUCGAAUGAAGGCGAGAUUACCAAUUUUCUGGAUGUAGUUAUCGGAUUCCUAUACAGAAGGACAGACUUUUUCCGCAUCAUGAAAAGCAAAGAUGACAAGCUUGGUUUUCCACCAGGAACUGCAGCUAAACUACUAUUGAAGGAAUUCCAGAAGUAUGAAGCAUUAGCUCAGAAGGAUGAGAUGGAAAGAGAGAAGAAAAAGGCUGAUACAAGUUUGGCCAAAACUGCACCGACACAACCACCAGUUACCCGUGAGACAACAACCACAUCCAAAACUAACAUUCCUGCUACUGUCUCCACACCAAAAGCAACAGCACCACAUGCCACCGAUACCACUGUCCCCUCCACAGUUGGUGCUGGUGAUGUGAAGACUCUACCAAGUCAGAAGAAGGAUGAAGAUACAGGCACAGUAACUUCCAAGGAGCAGCAGGCAUUCCAGGAUAACCCAAUGAGUUACAAUGGCGCUGUGAGGGAGAAGUAUGUCUGGUCACAGUCAAUAACAGAUGCUGAUAUUCGAAUCUUUGUGCCACCGUACAUUAAGAAAGGAAAGCAGGUUGAAGUAACCAUUGAGAAACGGCAUCUGCGAGUGUGUUACCGUGACGACAAGAAUGUGUCUCAGACAGUCGUAGAUGGUAAUCUGACCUGGGAUGUCAACAAAGAGGAAUGUAUGUGGAGUUUGGUUCCUGCCGAACACGUACAUGUAAGUUUAGAAAAACGAGAAGAAAGAUGGUGGGAAUCAGCAUUAGAGGACGAGCCUAAGAUUAAUGUUCGUAACAUUGACUGCAGUCGGCCUAUGACGGAUCUUGAUGAUGAAGCCCAGGCCAAGAUUGGUGAGAUGAUGUUCAAUGAGCAGCAGAAACGCCAAGGGCUUCCACAGUCACAUGAACAGAAACAGCAUGAAAUGCUUCGGAAAGCCUGGGAUGCCAAAGGUUCGCCCUUCAAGGGCCAGCCCUUUGACCCUUCAGUCCUAAACAUCAAUUCAGAGGGUGUCAUCUCGGCCAAUGUCAACAAGUCCUGAUAUAAUUACUGUUUGUGUAUUAUGAAUGUCACAUCCGAGUGAUAAUAUUGCAAUUUGAAUGUGAUAAUUGUGUCAUGUAACUGUCAUGGCCAUUGUCAUAUUGGAAACAAGUGUUUGAACUGUGUCCCCUUGCUGUUGGUCGAGAGUGAAAUGCAACUAUCACUUCCAUAACAGAAUGACGCUCUGUAUUUGCUUGGGUGAAAUAUAUGUACAGUGAAAACACUUUAGUUCAUUUGGCCCAGAAAGUGGAUGAUGAAUACUGCUGGGAAUGGACAUAUAUGCAAAGGAAAAUUAUUCCAUGUAAGGAAAAAAGGUAAUUGUGGGCAUUUCACAAGGAAAGUUACUGUCUAGAUCAACAGGGCAUCACUGUAUUCAAGUAAAGAGGACAUGACUUGGAACAUAGUUCUUUAGUGUGUUGUUUGGUCAUAAUGUCUGCAAUCCUAAUAAUAACUGCCAGCAAAUGAUGUAGAAAAUACAUAAUGAGACAGUAGCUAUGCUAACUGGUCUGGUAAGAUUUUCCACUUUGCACAUGGACUUCAAAUGACAUUUUUAAUGACAGGAGAAGGUGAAUGCAUGCUGCUAGAUUUGCUUACUGCAAUGUCUUUUACACAAGGCCUUCUUGUUUCCUGAAAUGGAUAGUUGUUGUCUGGCUGCUUUAAGGGUGUUGAUGAGUUGUGUUUGAAUGUUGUUGUCUGGCUGCUUUGAGGGUGUUGAUGAGUUGUGUGUUAACGUUGUUGUCUGGCUACUUUGAGAGUGCUGAUGAGGUCAGUAUGAAUAUUGUUGUCUGGCAACAUUGAGGGUGUUGAGGUCUGUAUGAAUGUUGUUGUCUGGCUACUUUGAGGGUGUUGAUGAGGUCAGUAUGAAUGUUGUCUGGCAACAUUGAGGGUGUUGUUGAGGUCUGUAUGAAUAUUGUUGUCUGGCAACAUUCAGGGUGUUGUUGAGGUCUGUAUGAAUGUUGUUGUCUGGCUACUUUGAGGGUGCUGAUGAGGUCAGUAUGAAUGUUGUUGUCUGGCUACUUUGAGGGUGUUGAUGAGGUCUGUAUGAAUGUUGUUGUCUGGCUACUUUGAGGGUGUUGAUGAAUUCUGUAUGAAUGUUGUUGUCUGGCUACUUUGAGGGUGCCAAUGAGGUUUGUAUGAAUGUUGUUGUCUGCCUACAUUGAGGGUGUUGAGGUCUGCAUGAAUGUUGUUGUCUGGCUACUAUGAGGGUGUUGUUCAGCUCUGUAUGAAUGUUGUUGUCUGGCUACUUUGAGGGUGCUGAUGAGGUCUGUAUGAAUGUUGUUGUCUGGCUACUUUGAGGAUGCUGAUGAGGUCUGUACGAAUGUUGUUUUCUGGCUACUCUGAGGGGGCUGAUGAGGUCUGCAUGAAUGUUGUUGUCUGGCUACUUUGAGGGUGCUGAUGAAGUCUGUAUGAAUGUUGUUGUCUGGCUACUUUGAGGGUGUUGAUGAGGUCAGUAUGAAUGUUGUUGUCUGGCUACUUUGAGGGUGCUGAUGAAGUCUGUAUGAAUGUUGUUGUCUGGCUACUUUGAUGGUGUUGAUGAAUUCUGUAUGAAUGUUGUUGUCUGGCUACUUUAAGGGUGCUGGUGGGGUCUAUGAAUGAUGUUGUCUGGCUACUUUGAGGGUGCUGAUGAGGUCAGUAUGAAUGUUGUUGUCUGGCUACAUUGAGGGUGUUGAGGUCUGCAUGAAUGUUGUAUGGCUACUCUGAGGGGGCUGAUGAGGUCUGUAUGAAUUUUGUUGUCUGGCUACUUUGAAGGUGUUGAUGAGGCCUGUGUGAAUGUUGUAUGGCUACUUUGAGGGUGUUGUUCAGCUCUGUAUGAAUGUUGUUGGCCUACGUUGAGGGUGUUGAUGAGCUCUGUGAAUGUUGUUAUCUUGUUGGCUUUCUCCAUUGAUACAGAAAUUGUUAUUUUGCUUACAAAAAUAAAAGAACAUGUAUUCAUAAAUUGUUA